GCCGAUCGUCCGUUGUGUCGACAGAACUCGAGUAACCGAGUUACCUGCAGUGAUAUCACGCGAUUUUCGAGUACGGAAUAAGCCAAAACAUGUCGGCACAAAAAUACAUAAUCAGUCUGGCUUUUAUAGUCGCCGUUUUUUUGGCUAUUAACACCGUACCCAUUAAUGGUGCCAUCAGUCAGUAUGCCGCCGCCGCCAACAAGUCAAAUCAUCUGAUCGUCGGCUACAGAGUGCCUGGUGACAGACUUGUACUCAGGCAGAAUAUUGUCAAGGAAUCUUCCUGGAUGAGGGUCGUCACAGAAGAAAGAACCUUCAAUGUGUCGUCAUGGGAACGCAUCACUAUGAUUCAAUCGCUUGACCAGAAGACAAACGGCAAUGGUGCUUCUGCCAGUCUCCUUAAAGGUGGACCCGGCUUUUUCAAUGUUACCAUUAGAUACAAGAGUCAGAGAGGUCACGGCAUCAACCACGUCAUGGAAAUUUACGCACGUUAAUCUUAGUGGAAACAGCUAAUACUUUAAUAUGAUGCUUCUUGAAUACGAUCGCACACAUCCACGUACACACAUACAAGAGAAGUAAAAUGACUAUGCAGGCUGCUAUGUGUCAACCUUAUAUAUGCUGAAUUAUUUAUUCUUGUAACACUGAUAUCACUGAUAUUGCUGCUAAAAUGUCUCUGCAUAUUCUUUGUUAUUCAUUUUCUUCUUUUUAGUCUUGAUUGAUAUUUUGUAUAUUCAACACCAAUAAAUAUUAGCAUAAUUGAUGCAA